AGAUGGAGAAUCUGGCUUUGUUUCUUGUUAUACAUUUCUCAACAUCUGCACUAAUAAUGCUUUCGGACUACAUCUCAGUCUAGAUAUGCAGUGUAUAAAUUUGAGUCAGAUUAUCCAAUUGAGAGAAAAACAGACAAAUUAAAAAAAAGCAUCACUUACUGACUAGGUAUAUUUGAGUUCAGCAGGCAUCUCAUUCACUGAUUCACUAUUUAAAUUUAAACUGCACAUUUAUCAUUUAUUUUUUAUUUUGCUUUUUUUGUGAGGCAUAAUGUGAAGACAUUUGGAUCAAGCUGAAACCUAAACUGGAUUUUGCUUCUGAAAGAAGAUAUAGUCCAAUGUAAGAAAAGAUUGUGAGCUCUCAGCAGAGUGCUCCCUUUAAUAAAUUCUUACUCCUUUCACUUUGAAAGCUUUCAAUUUUUAAAGCACCUCUGGAAUGAAGAAUUAUUCAAUAAGUGGAUUUUAUUUCUUUUUUCUGAAUGGCCACCCGGUGGUACUUUGCGAUUAAAGGUAAAUUUGAAACCCAAUUGUUACUACACAACAGGACAAUGAUUGUGACAAGGCAAGUUCCUGAAGAAACUGGACUUUUAAAAAGAAGCUUGCUUUGCUUUUUUUCUUUCAUUCUCUGCUUUUUGGACUCAAUAGCUCAGCAGUUUUCCUAGUGGCCUGCCUUCUCAAUUGUUGUGCUGUAUAUGUUUAACUUUGAUCACCACUACUGCAUAGUAAGUAAAAGGGAGAGUUUGCACUUUGUGGAUUCAUCUCAUUCCAUCAUCAUGCCUGCAAACGAGACAAAGCUGCUGAACUGUCAGAGUGGAAGUGAUGCGAGCCUUCCUCUAGAGGGACCAGGAGCUCUCCCAAUGUGUAACAGCUCACUUCUUGACUCAGAGCAAAGCCCCCCUCUCUUAGUGGAUGCUUGGCUAGUUCCACUCUUCUUUGCUCUAAUCAUGCUGAUCGGGCUAGUGGGCAACUCCUUGGUGAUAUAUGUGAUUACAAAACACAAGCAGAUGAGAACCGUCACCAACUUUUAUAUAGCAAAUCUGGCCACCACAGAUAUCAUUUUCCUUGUCUGCUGUGUGCCCUUUACUGCCACACUUUAUCCUUUGCCUAGCUGGAUUUUUGGAGAUUUCAUGUGCAGAUUUGUCAGCUACCUUCAACAGGUUACAGCACAAGCCACCUGCAUCACAUUAACAGCUAUGAGUGUGGAUCGCUGCUAUACCACUGUGUACCCAUUGCAAUCCUUACGGCAUCGCACCCCCAGAGUAGCCACAGCAGUUAGCAUUGGCAUCUGGAUAGGUUCUUUUGUUGUCUCUAUUCCUGUUGCAAUAUAUCAAAGACUUGACACAGGAUACUGGUUUGGACCCCAGACAUAUUGCAUUGAAGAUUUUCCUUCUCCUUAUUACCAGAAAGCAUUUAUUCUUUAUACUUUCUUGGCAGUUUAUCUUCUACCACUUAUUACAAUUUGUGUUUGCUAUGCAUUUAUGCUAAAAAGAAUGAGCAGACCAGUGGUGGAGCCAAUUGAUAACAACUAUCAGGUUCAGCUUCUGGCAGAAAGAUCCGAGGCCACACGCACUAAGAUUUCCAAGAUGGUGGUGGUCAUAGUCCUUCUGUUUACUAUCUGUUGGGGUCCCAUUCAGUUUUUCAUCCUGUUUCAAGCUUUUGACUCCAACUUUCAGAGGAACUAUGAGACGUACAAGAUCAAAAUCUGGGCCCACUGUAUGUCCUACUCCAACUCAUCCAUCAACCCCAUUGUGUAUGCCUUCAUGGGAGCCAAUUUCAGAAAAUCUUUUAAAAAAGCCUUUCCAUUCAUCUUCAAACAGAGAGUGGGAAUCACCCGGGGGGUUGUUGUGAAUACAGAAAUGCAAUUUGUUUCAUCUGGGACAUAAUGAUACACCAUGGCACCAAGAGUUUUUGGAACCUCUGAGAAAUCAGAAAACAAAAGAAGCACUUGCCAGUUGAACCACUGCCCUUUAAAGUCUUUUGAUUACCAAAAUCAACUUAUUUGUGCAUCUUUUGAGAUAACCAAAAUGUAUUAUUGGAAACUGCUUUCAGUGUCUGACUUAUAACAACUUGCCCAUUUGCAAAGACAAAGAAGAACUGUAUUGUUCCUGGUACUUAAGAGUCACCAGACAUGAAAAUAAAUUUUAAAUAGAUAUUUACAUUGGGCUGUGUACGGGUAUAUAUAUUAAUAGUGAAAAACACAAUAAAUUUAAAACAUGUACCAGCAACCACAGAUUAUGGUGUUCUCUUGGUAACUCUUUAGAACAUUAGGGACUUAUUUCUAUGUAACAUAAACAAAGUCUUGGUUCCUACAGAUAGCCUCUAUUUAAAAGAGUUGUGAUUGGUGCUUUGUAUGUCAAAUUAAAAGCUAGCAAAGCAUUUCUUAAGAUGUUGUUAGAGAGCAGCAAAUGACUAAUAUUUGCACCUAAGAAUCCCCUGUUCUAAAGAG